AUGGAUGAAAUACUCGCACCUAUCCAAGAUGCCUUUGAGGGUCAAAUUGACUUCCACGGCCAGCGCCUGGCAGAGCUCCUUUCUACCAUUCUAUUGAUUAUCUCAGGAGCUGCCAGUUUCCUCGUCGGAUACAUCUACAAAGACAUUCACCUUACACUAUGGACCGGAUUGGCGGGCACAUUAUUCACAGCAUUGGUGGUCGUCCCACCGUGGCCGGUCUACAACCGCAACCCAGAGAAAUGGCUAGGGUCAGCGAAAGCAAAUCCUGGAAUAACCGUGGACGGAGUAAAGGUGCAAUGA